UGUGGAAGCACAGGGUGGGAAGAAAGAGCCUCCUUUAAUUUACCUUCUACAUUUGAUGUCCGAGUUUGCAUUGUCAUCUGAAAUAUGUUCAGUUCUGUUGAGAAAUAUGUAAUAAUGUGAAUUGUGAAUCAUUUUUUACAGACUGGCCUCACACCACUGUUAGUGGCUAUUCAACAAAACCAAGAAACUAUGGUUAAAUUUUUAAUAUUACAGAAUGCAGAUGUUUUUGCAGUUGAUAAUCUAAACAGAACAUCCCUCAUGUUUGCGGGACGGUAUAGUACGGAAAACAUAGUACACAUGCUUCUUGAACUAGGGGUUGAUGUGCUUUCUGAAGACAUUGCUGGACAUUCUGCUAGGGAUUAUGCUCUUCAAAAACGUAAUAUGCAAAAUUACCAACUCAUUUCGUUGUUUCGAGAAAAUGCUGCACUUGAGAAGAUUGUAAAUACAAAUCCAGAUGAUGAGCAUUCUAAAGAAUAUAGAAAAAGGCUUUUGGAAAUACCUGAUGUUAAUCAUGAACUGCUUAUAUCAUAUGAGAAAGGCCUCAAUUCAUUUGCCAAGAAAGACUUAAUUCCAGGACAUACAACUGCCAUCAUUCACAGUGCACCAGAAGAGCAACCCAAUAACGACAGAAUAACUCGUGUUCAUGGAGUCCAUGAAGAUAACAAAUGUGGAGCAGAAGAUGAAGCUAAAGAAUCAACUUCAGACCCUGAGGAAGGAAUGUCAACCUUAGCGAGUAAGAAGGGCUUAAAAGAUAUCGCCAUCACUCAAGUUGCUCCACAACAGCCAAUUAAUGAAUAUGCGUUCAACUAUGAUCGUGGAUUGGACAAUGGUAACAUGGGUAGUAAGGAGUCUACCUCCCAAAGAGAUCCUGAAGACAACAACUCACCAAGGAAUUCGAAGGCAGGAACGUCAGCUGUAGCGGGUAAGAAGAGUAAAAAACGUUUUUUCAUCACUCAAGUUGAUCCACACCAGCUAAUUAUGAACUCUGAUCACGGAUUGGACAAAGAUAACAAACGUAGUAAGGAGUCUACCUCCCAAAGUGAUCCUGAAGACAACAACUCACCAAGGAAUUCGAAGGAAGGAACGUCAGCUCUAGUGGGUAAGAAGAGUAAAAAAUGUUUUUUCAUCACUCAAGUUGAUCCACAACAGCCAAUUAAUAAAUAUGGGCUGGACUCUGAUCACGCAUUGGACAAAGAUAACAAACAUGGUAAGGAGUCUACCUUCCAAAGAGAUCCUGAAGACAGCAACUCACCAAGGAAUUCGAAGACUAUUUCUACAAAUUCUUGGAAGGAAUCCAUUAAUCAAUCAAUGGCAGCAGAUGCAAAAGGAAAAGAUAUGAAUGAACCACUGGAAGAGUUUGCUAAGGGAUCCACUGAAUUGACGCCUCGUCUGGAAGCAAUACAUCCUUUUUGGGCAACAUCAGUGGGAAUGAAUGAAGUACAAACAUGCAGACAAGUUACAGGCAGAAUCAAGUUAAAACCAAUACCAAAACAUCUCAAGAGGCAUUUCCUUCCUCACUGCAAUACUAAUCAAUAUAAAAGCACAGAACUUGAAUUAAAAAAUGUCAAGUCUUCUCCAACAAAUAAUGACAUUAAAACAACACCCAAGGAAGAACAAGAAUGGCUUGAUGGAAGUAAAAAUAAGCAGUUUGAAGAAAAAGGGCAGCGUUGCCAAAGUAAGGAAAUGGAAGUGUUAAGAAACUUGCAUGAAAGUGCUGCUCCUCCUGAGGACAGUGAUGGUUGUGGACUGAAUCAGCAGAGACAGAGUGGGGACCUUGACAACCAGCAAUCUGCCACUAAGAAGAGUGAAGAAUAUUAUUCCUGCCCUGCCUUGCAUAUAAAGGAAAUAAAAAAUGAAAAUGAAAAAGUGACUUCCAUGGAGUAUGGGAUUAGACCAGUGUUUGAGAAUGGCUUUUCACUCACUAGAAGUCUACUGCAAGUGAUUUAUGACAACAAUCUGAGUGAGCUCGAUCGUCUUAAAAGGGAACAGUUAAGAAGAAAAGAAAAGCAAUAUCAUAAAGAAGAAAUGAAACAACUUGAAGUGACACAUAGAACACUAGAAAUGGAUGCGAGAACUUCAAAAAACAAUUUGACCCAGUUUCAAGAAUCAGAAGAUGAACAAAAGGCGGUGGUACAAAACACUGAGAAAAUUCAAGAUCAUCUGGAAAAGCAUGAUCAGGAAAAUCGUGAGUUGAAAGAUACAAUACUAAAGCAAGCAAGGGAAAUUAAAAAUCUUCAGGAAAUCCUUUUCAGACUAAUUUCAGUAGAUAUGAAACACCUGCAGCAGCAACAGGAUUACAUUGAGAAAAGGCAAUGUAAAUCAGAGGCAUCGCUGAGAGAUAUGGCACAGUUUUACCUUAAGUUAAACAGCAAGAUGCAGGAUAUAAUGAACAAGUUAGAUGAAAUCGUCAGAAAAGUAUGUAUGAUAUCUAGCAUGUCAAUAAGAAUUCUAGAGCUUAGAGUUUCCAAAUACAAAUAUCAUAAGACCCUGCUUUAUUUGAAUAUGAAAAUCUUGGCACAAUUUUAUCAUUAUGCACUUACUUCUUAAACUCUGAUAUCCACUAUUUAUUGUUAUAUUCUUUAUUAAAAUAAUACUCACUGUUAAAAACUUGAGGAAUAUAUAUCAUUUUUCACAGAAAAUGCACAUUUUUCUCAAUAUUUUCAGUGAUAUCAAUUGUCAUGAUAAAACAAGGCAGAUUGAAUCAGAGGAUAAAAUUUAGCAGAAUUCUCAAAAAAUACAUUUCUUGUUUCACUUAUGUGAAUGGAUACAAAACCUAUGUUGAUUGAUCCUGUGUAUUUCAGAAUAAAUUUUCAAAAUACUUUAUACUAUGCUGAAAUGCACAUUUUAAAAUAUUUUACAGUCUAAUUGAAAACCCUGUUUCUCAUUCACAUAUAUGUUAUUUAUACACAUUGUAAGUGUGUAUAAUAUAUGUUAUCUAUACACAUAAUAAAUGUCCGUCUUUAUGCAUGGAAUAUUCAUAUCAUGUGUAGUCUGUACUUACAAAAUUUAAAAUUAAGAAAAUUAUUAAUAUCCUGCCUUUGGAGUUUUAAAAACUGAUUUAUUGUGAUAUAGUGGUGCUUCACAAACUUCUGGGGAUAUGUGCAGCAUGUAUAAGGUAUGAAUUGAAUUCACACAUUUUACCUUGAAACUGACAUCUCUUAAGCCUACUUUUUGCACAAAUGUUUUUAUGACUGCUCAUCUAUUUCACCUAUGUAGACUUCAACCAUUCAGAUUAAUAAAAUUCAAUAUCCAUAAUAGGUUCCCAAAGUGGGAUAUCCAUCACCAUAAUCAGUUUUCAAAUAUUUCAGUCACCAUAAAGUAAAACUCUGUGUCACUUA